UAGCUGUUAGUGCUUUACAUUGAUCAUGGGAAAAAUCCAUCAUUGCAGUCUCUCUAUGGAAUUUGUUUCGCUGAUUUUUAUCUCUGGGUUUCGUUUGCUGAUUAUGAUGAUUAUUUUUCUCUUUUUUCUUAGAGUAACGCAUCACCAGUGCUAGGGAAUUUCCUGCAGCAAUCAAGAGUCAUGAAUGGUAUCAGACAUAUAAGGAUUCCUGGGGUUCCUUAUGACGCUCUCCAUACUUUUAUACGUUUCCUUUAUUCAUCAUGCUAUGAAGAAGUUGAGAUGAAGAAAUUUGUUCUUCAUUUGUUGGUUUUAUCACAUUCCUAUGUGGUUCCAUCUCUUAAAAGAGAGUGUAUACGACUUUUAGAACAGGGUUGGCUGACCAAAGAAAAUGUUGUAGAUGUGCUGCAAUUAGCUACAAAAUGUGAUGCACCACGACUUGCCUUGGUUUGUAUGCGUAUGGUAGUGAGGGACUUCAAAUGCAUAUCAUCGACUGAAGGAUGGAAAGUAACGAAGCGUGCUAACCCUGCUCUUGAACAGCAACUUUUAGAGGCUCUCGUUGAAGCAGAUUCAAGAAAACAAGAUCGAUUGAAGAAAAUUGAAGAGAAAAGGGUGUAUCUGCAACUGCAUGAGGCAAUGGAGGCUCUGCUUCAUAUUUGCAGGGACGGAUGCAGGACAAUUGGGCAUCAUGACAAAGCGCAGAAAGAAAGACAGGUGGUGUGCAGUCUCCUGGCUUGCAGGGGGCUUGAAAUUUUAAUUCGUCAUUUCUCAAGUUGUAGUACAAAAGUUCCAGGUGGAUGUGUCCAUUGUAAGCGCAUGUGGCAGCUUCUUGAACUACAUUCCCGCAUGUGCAAUGAGCCCAAUUUCUGCAAGGUCCCUCUUUGUAGGCAUUUCAAGGAGAAAAUGCGGCAUCAAAGCAAGAAAGAAGAAGUGAAGUGGAAUUUUUUGGUGAAUAAAGUUCAAACGGCAAAAAUUGCCAUGCGACUAUUCUCAUCUCAGCGGUCGAGUUUUUGAAGACCAGAUUGCAGAUGUUAGUCGUAAUAUUAGAGUACGGCCUAUAUUUUAGCUGGCCCUAUUCGGACGUAAAAAUUGGAAAGAAUAUGGAAAAUUAAAAUAGAAAAAACUGUAGAAAUGAUUUGCUAAGAAGUUUUUAGUAUGAUCUAUGAUUCCCUUGAACACUUUGUAGUGCUCUUUUGGACAAUUCACUUGCUAAUUGUCUAUGAUGUCUAAUGGGUUUUUAUUGUUAUUUUC